GGCCGAGGCGGCGCCAUUUUGCAGGAGCCUGCGACCGAGCGGGAGUGGAGCGGAGCGGCAGUGGUUGCCGACUCUUUCUUCCUCCCCACGGUCCAGCCAGCAGUUGGUUAGGCCGUCGGCCCUCGAGCCGAGUCUUGUCUCUUAAUCUAGUGCUGAGGAGCGUCUGGCCGCCAUGAGUGACAUAGAGGAGAACAACUUCGAGGGCAGAGAGUCUCGCUCUCAGUCAAAAUCUCCAACUGGAACACCUGCUCGAGUAAAAUCAGAAAGCAGGUCAGGAUCUCGUAGUCCUUCAAGGGUUUCUAAACACUCUGAAUCCCAUUCUCGAUCAAGAUCAAAAUCCAGGUCCAGGUCAAGGAGACAUUCUCAUAGACGUUAUACUCGAUCCAGAUCACAUUCUCACUCUCAUAGGAGACGAUCUCGAAGUAGGUCGUACACACCAGAAUACCGACGUCGAAGAAGUCGAAGUCAUUCUCCAAUGUCGAACCGGAGAAGACAUACAGGCAGUAGGGCGAAUCCAGACCCCAACACUUGUCUUGGAGUGUUUGGUCUCAGUUUGUACACAACAGAGAGAGAUCUCCGUGAAGUGUUUUCUCGAUACGGACCAUUGAGUGGUGUCAAUGUGGUUUAUGAUCAGCGAACUGGAAGAUCACGAGGAUUUGCUUUUGUUUAUUUUGAGAGAAUAGAUGACUCAAAGGAGGCUAUGGAAAGAGCAAAUGGAAUGGAGCUGGAUGGUAGAAGAAUUCGCGUGGAUUAUUCUAUCACCAAAAGAGCACACACCCCUACACCAGGCAUCUACAUGGGCAGACCAACUCAUAGUGGUGGUGGAGGCGGUGGUGGCGGUGGUGGAGGAGGAGGUGGUGGCAGACGUCGAGAAUCUUACUAUGAUAGAGGAUAUGAUCGUGGAUAUGACAGAUAUGAAGACUAUGAUUACAGAUACAGAAGAAGAUCACCUUCUCCUUACUAUAGUCGAUAUAGAUCACGGUCAAGAUCUCGUUCUUACAGCCCAAGACGCUAUUGACAAACAGAAGAGUGUGGUUGAGGAUGUCUCUUGAUUAUUAUUAUUUUUUGUCUUGUUUUUGUUUAAAUCUGGAUUUCCCCCAAACUUAUAAUUUUUCUUGUGUCUUGGGAAAAAAAAAAACUUUGAUUUAGCCAUCUACACUUUGUCAAUCGUAUUACUUUUCUCCACCCAUUUUAAGUAGUUAAACAUCUUGAGUUUGAAAAGAAACUCUGUUAUGCUUUGUAAAUGAUUUUUUUCUUUCACAAUAAUUUGACUUCUAGUUAAUCAGAGGAAGAAGAUAGUCUUUUUUUAAAUCUUCUCUUGAGAUCAUAUUAGACGUUGUAUUAGAGAUUUGGAUUUAUGAUCAACUUUUUGGUUUUUCUAUUGGAGAAGAAGUAACACAUAAAGUAGUAGUUCAGCCAUGUCAUGUGCCAGGGGUGGCACAGAGCAAAUAGUUUUGGUGUAGAACAUUUGGAGCUAAAAGGGAAAAAAAUACUUGGUCAGUUCUCUUGAAGAAUGGUAUUUUUUAAUUCCAGAUAUUGAAGAGAAAAGCUUGUGGGCUCCUACAAACGUGUAAUAUUUAAGAUCCACCUGUUAAAAUUUACAAAGUGAUUUUGUGUGUGUGUGUAUGUGUGCGCGCGCGCGCGUGUGUGUGCUGAAGUUUUAAGUAUUCCCUGAAUCAGUGAAGGACAACAACCCUUAUUUAUUACCUAGAACAAUUGUAUACUUUGCUGUUAGAAAUUUUGGUAUUGGGAUAUAGGUGAAAGAAGCCUGUUGUAUAAAAUGAGCCCUUAGAAGGUAUGUUUGGGGAAAAGUAGUUUCCUUUCAAAUAAAAGUUAAUUUCUUUGAUAAUGGGA